UCUCUGACCAAUGCAAGGAAAAACGGUAAAGGCAUCACGCCUCCCCAAUCCUUACAUAGCGGAGGUGAAAGUUCAGCAGUGCGCCUUGUAAAAUGGCGGCUGAAUUGACCAGAGAGUGGAGCGAUGAACAGCUAAAAAGUGAUGAUCUACCCAAAAAAGACAUUAUUAAGUUCAUUCAGGACAAUGCUGCCCAUUCGUUUCUUGCAGAACACAAGCUGAUGGGAAAUAUCAAGAAUGUUGCAAAAACGGCAAAGAAGGAACAACUAAUUAUUGCAUACAACGAUUUGUUUGAGAGCAAGAGAUUUUUAGGUUCAGAACCCAUUGAAGAUGUGACGGAGCAUGUGAAAAAUGUGAAGAUCGACGACAAGCCCAAAGAAGUUGUGGAAGUCGUUGAUGAGGGUCCUCCUAAGUUCUUCAAGUCUGUGCUGAAGAAAGGUGACAAGACUAACUUCCCUAAGAAGGGAGACAAUGUGAGCUGUUGGUACACUGGCUCCCUGGUUGAUGGCACAGUGUUCGACACCAACAUCCCUGCAACUGCCAGAAAGAAGAAACAGAGCAAGCCACUGAGCUUCAAAGUUGGCCUGGGCCGGGUCAUCAAAGGGUGGGAUGAAGGUAUCUUAACGAUGAGCAAAGGCGAGACAGCCAAACUGGAGAUUGAACCAGAAUGGGCCUACGGGAAGAAAGGACUUCCUGAUUCAAAAAUCCCACCAAACGCAAAGCUGAUCUUCGAGGUCGAGCUGGUGGCCGUCGAUUAAUGGCAGAAACCUACCCAGCAUGCCCUUCUCUCCGUGGACGGGGAAAACAUGGUAGUCACUAGAUGGCUAUGCUCGAAAGGACAGAAGUGUUUGUAACAUUGAAGGAGUCUGUGAUACGUCUUAAUUUACAUUUAAUGGGAUGCUUUGGGAUUUUGGCAAUAAGGCCAUUUAUCUACUUCCCCAGACUCAGAUUAACUUUUGGAGACCCUUUUUUUGUUUUUGUCAGUGUCCAGUAUGAAGGAAGUUAAAUAUAGCAGUGGCUCGAGAAACUAACUAGUUUUGGCACAAUGACUGGCAUUCUAUGGGCAUCUACUAGAAUGUGUUUUAACAUUAGUUAGCAUUGGCUCAUGAAACUACAUAACUUUCAUUUAUUUUUUUUAUUUCACCUUUAACUAGGUAGGCUAGUUGAGAACAAGUUCUCAUUUGCAACUGCGACCUGGCCAAGAUAAAGCAAAGCAGUUCGACACAACAGCGUUAGACAUGGCAUAAACAAACAUUCAAUCAAUAAUACAGUAGAAAAAUCUAUAUACAGCAUGUGCAAAUGAGGUAGGAUAAGAGGUAAGGCAAUAAAUAGGCCAUGGUGGCAAAGUAAUUACAAUAUAGCAAUUAAACACUGGAAUGGUAGGAUGACUGGACACUGAGUCAUAAAAGUGGUAUCUACCAGUUCAUCUGAUUCAUUGCCAGAAUCCCAAAGUAACCCUUAAGGUUAGUCUGGUUAUUUUGUCUUUUUCUGCUUAAGUCGAGUCCUUUUAUCAUUGUUUUGGCAUAUUGUCUGAAGCAGGAACAGACCAGGGUUAUUUGUGGUGAGUUGAGAAGGUGCCAUGCUUCUGUCCUUUCCAGCAUGGCAAGAUGGUGAUGACCGGACAAUACUGUACAGAUGGGGCAUCCUGCCUGACAGUUACACACCGCAGAGGAAAGCCUUCCUGUUUAUUCUUGUUCUUUUGCAUGAAUGUCCUUUUUUAAAGAUUAAUAAACCAAUUUUGGAGACUAAAUUGA